AUUCAAUUAUUAAGGAUACUAUGGAUGACAAUACAUAUCUAAUUAUAAAUAAAAGCGAUCUUAUAGAAAACAAAUCAGAUUUAUCGAAAUUAAAACAAAUUUCUUUAAAAUCUAUUCCUGUAAACUAUGUUUGGUGUUUAUCGUGUCUCACAGGAGAAGGAUUCAAUGAGUUUCAAGAAACAUUUAUAAAUUCUAUUAAACAAAAAUAUGAUUCAUUAUCUUCUCAAAUCGCUUUAAUCACUCAAGCUCGACACCGUGAGCACUUAAGCGAUUGCCUAAAAUCACUAGAAAACUUUCUUGAACUUAAUGAUAUGGUAUUGGCUGCUGAAGAAUUAAGGUUUGCAACUCAUGCUUUAGGAAGGAUUACAGGUCGAGUUGAUGUUGAAGAGAUAUUAGGAGUUAUAUUUCAACAGUUUUGUAUUGGAAAAUAA